AUGGCCAGCAGUACAGAAGAAAAUACAACUCAAAUUUCAGAAAUUAUCCUUUUGGGUUUUGGGGAUCUCCAUGGAUUUCAGUUUCUUCUUUUUGGGAUAUUUCUGACCAUUUAUGUGAUGACUCUCAUAGGCAAUAUGGUGAUCCUAACUGUGGUGUCAGCUGAUUGCUCCCUUCAUACACCCAUGUAUUUCUUUCUUGUCCACUUCUCCUUCCUAGAGAUUGGCUAUACUACUACCAUUGAGCCCAUAAUGUUGAGGACAUUGCUGUCAGCUCAUGUGCCUAUUUCCUUCCCAGCCUGUGCUUGCCAGUUUUAUUUUUUUGCUUCCCUCGUGGCCACAGAAUGCUUCUUCCUGGCUGUAAUGUCUUAUGAUCGCUAUAUAGCCAUCUGUAACCCACUGCACUACUCCAGCAUCAUGGACUUCUGGGGUUGCUUACACCUAGCUGCUGCCUCUUGGCUGGCUGGAUUUCUGGCACCCAUCCUUCUCAUGGUCCUCAUUUUUCGUUUAACAUUCUGUUCUGCUAAUGAGAUUGACCACUUCUUCUGUGAUUUGAAGCCCAUCAUGAAACUUGCCUGCACUGAUACUCAGGUAGCUGAGAUGACCUCUUUUAUAUGCACCUCUCUAUUUGCCCUUGGCCCUUUCCUGCUGACCCUGGCUUCCUAUAUUCACAUUAUUUCCACUAUUCUGAGGAUUCCUUCUGCCACAGGGAAGCAGCGGGCUUUCUCUACCUGUUCUUCACACCUAACAGUGGUCAGUCUCUAUUAUGGGACACUGGGCAUUGUCUAUGGUUUCCCAUCAGGGCCUCAGUAUGAAGACAUCUUAAAGUUGCUUUCCCUUCUAUAUACAGUGCUUACUCCUUCACUCAACCCUGUCAUUUACACCCUAAGGAACAAGGAUGUGAAAGUAGCUCUGAGAAAAUUGGUGCAACGAGGGAAAUAG